CUCCUCCACCUUCUCCCCUGGCCGUGCUGUGCCGUGCUCGCGGCGGGCGGCAGCCUCGAGGAGCGGCUGCUGCACUCCCACAGCAUUUGAAAAGAAAGCACAAAAAAUGUGUUUCCCUCUACUGGUUCAUCUUCACUGUGCCUCUCUCCUAUUCUGCUUCCUUCUUAUAACAACUGAGUGAAGAUGAGUAGCCCGCUGCUAAUAUGACGUCUCUGACUAGUGUCAUUGCCUCCCACCAGUCUGAGUGGGUGUCCUUCACCGAUGAGCUGCUCCACCCUGUUAAGCCACAAAGUAGCACUGAGGAACCUCUGGAAAAAUGUUUUUCUUCUUCAGAUACUUCCUCAGAAGAGAACCACAAUGUGGAUGGGGAAUUUCAGGACCUCUUGCACACAGAGCCAGACAAUUCAGGUGACAAGCCAAAGGAAGAUUCUACAGUGCUUGGGAACCACGUGUGUCCCAAAGCUGAUCUACUGUCAUCUAUCAGAGCUUGGGUUCAGUUUGAGGAUGCACCAUGGGCUAGUGCUCCACCAAUUCAUCCACAGGCAGUGUCUCCACCAAAGGCACCCAGCUGGACUUCCCCCUUCUCCAGCUCUUUGGAGAGGCGAGCCCAUGCAUCAGAGAGCAGCUGGACAACCAACUCGGAGGACACCAGCAGCCCCAGCAUUGGUCCCUCUUACACAGAUCUACAAUCAAUUAAUACUGAGGACCUGACCAGUGGUGGAACAUCUGCAGCAGAUUCAGCUGACAGUUCCUCAUCUUUCCAAGAAGAUGAAGAGGUAGAUAUGGAGGCUGUCAACUGGCAGCUGAACAACACCUCCAUGAAUGGCCGUUCUGCUGCACCAACCACAGUUCGCUUUCCCAGCUGGGUGACUUUUGAUGACAAUGAAAUCAGUUGUUCACCACAGAAUCUUUCUCCUUUGAAAAUAGACACCUCACCUCCAGAAACACAGGCUCCAGAUGUUAACUUUAACCUCACUGCAUCAUUUAAGAAACGAGAACGUCCCAAAAGCACAUUGGGUGACCUCUCCAAAAUUCAAAAACUGGAUCUCUCUUCUUUAACUAAGUUGCCUUCUCUUGAAACACCACCAUGGAGUGCUACUAAUCCCUUCUUGGAUGAGUCUCUUCGAGAUGUCCAACCCUCACCCAUCAAUCCAUUCAGCUCAUUCUUUGAGGAGCGAGACAGGCGUUCCAAAAGCUCUUCUGUCUCCAGUGUUCCAGGCAAAAGCCAAAGAGACUCCCUCAUUAUUCUCCAUCAUGAACCCGAUUCCAUCAGUUUCCAAGAGGCAAACAAAAGUGUAACUCAUGUAGAUGCUGUGGAGCAGCUGAAGCAACUCCAGAUUGGAGACCCAGAUUAUGUGAGCAGCCCUACCUUGCCCGAUGAUGACCCAACAAUGCCAUAUGAUCCAGAUGCCACUUUAUUUAACCUGGCACCAUCUCAGCCAAAGGAUGGAUGGCCAAUGAUGCUCAGAAUCCCAGAGAAGAAGAAUAUUAUGUCAUCCAGGCACUGGGGACCAAUAUACGUGAAGCUGACUGACAGUGGAUAUAUUCAGCUUUUUUAUGAGAAAGGAUUAGAGAAACCUUUCCGUGAAUUCAAACUUGAAAUCAAUCAUGAGAUUUCAGAGCGCAAACUGCAGAACUAUGAUGAGAAUGGAAGGAUACACAGUGUGAGAUUGGAUCGCACAACCUACAAGGAGAAAAAGAAGUAUCAGCCUAAACCAGCCAUUGCUCACACAGCAGAGAGAGAGCAAAUCAUCAAGCUUGGUACUACAGAUUAUCAGGACUUCCUAAGCUUCAUCAGUGCUGUGCAAGACACGCUGAUGAACCUGCCAGCCUCAUCAACAGAUCUGAGCACAGUGGGACUAAACUAUCAAGAAGAAGAAAUUACUGUUGAUGUCAGGGAUGAGUUUCAUGGCAUUUUGGCCAAAGGAGACAGUGUGAUUCUCCAGCACAGUGUGCUGACGCAUAUAUAUGUUCUAAGCUUCCUUUCAGGCCUGGCAGAAUGCAGACUGGGUCUUAACGAUAUCCUAAUCAAAGGGAAUGAAAUAGUUGCAAGGCAAGACAUUAUGCCCACUACUACCACAAAGUGGAUUAAAUUAUACAGCUGUCGGUUCCAUUCAUGUGUGGAUGAGGACAUGUUUAAUAACUCUCGUAUUAUCCUGUUUAACCCCUUGGAUGCUUGCCGAUUUGAACUGAUGCGAUUCAGAACUGUUUUUGCUGAGAAAACUUUGCCUUUCACACUGAGGACAGCAGCCAGCAUCAAUGGUGCUGAGGUGGAGAUACAGAGCUGGCUGAUGAUGUCCACUGCAUUCUCUUCUAAUCGUGACCCUUUAACUCAGGUCCCUUGUGAAAAUGUUAUGAUCCGCUACCCAGUGCCAAAUGAGUGGGUGAAGAACUUCCGCCGGGAAAGUGUCCUGGGGGAAAAAUCUUUGAAAGCCAAGGUGAAUAAGGGGGCUACUUUUGGAUCAACCAGUCUGUCUGGUUCUGAGCCAGUCAUGAGAGUUACCUUGGGAACUGCCAAAUAUGAGCAUGCCUUUAAUUCCAUUGUAUGGAGAAUAAACCGACUGCCUGACAAAAACUCAGCUUCUGGCCAUCCACACUGCUUCUUCUGUCACCUAGAGCUUGGCUCUGACCGGGAAGUGCCUUCCAGUUUUGUCCGUCAUGUAGAUGUGGAAUUUGACAUGCCCACUACUUCUGCAUCCAAAGCCACUGUUCGGUCCAUCUCUGUUGAGGACAAGAUUGGUGUGAGAAAGUGGGUCAACUAUUCAGCACACUACAGUUACAAGGUAGAAAUAGAGCAGAAGAAAAGCUUGAGUGAGGACCUAAAGGGAGAAGAUGCUGCAAAUCUCAGUGAAUGUGCCAUACAGUGAAGGAAUAUCAGUGUUCAAGUCCCAAGAGGUGUAGUCAAACUAACAGACUUGGAAGAAAGGACUUGCAGAUUUUGGUAUUUUUCUUUUAAAAGUAUGGAGUAUUACUUUUAAAAUAAUGCUUUCAAGAGUUUUAUUUUUCCUGUAAUUAACUGUAUCUUGAGAAGAAGGUCACCAGUAAUUUGUUUGGAGUGGACCCAUGGGCUGGAACAAUUAAAGUACUUAUCACCAAUACGUUUGAUGUAUUGACAGAAUGAGUCACUUUACAGUCAAGCCUGCUUUUUGUGCUUCUUCACCAUCUGGGUUCUGCACUGAACACCAUCACAGCCAAAUCUGAAAGCAGUCUUCAUCUCAUGAUCUUAUCCUCCUGCAAUAGGCAUUUUUCCUGUAUUUUGCUUGGUUUGGUCAUCAGCAGAUUCACUUCCUUCUGAACUGUCAAAUAAAACCCAGGGAACAUCAAGUGAAGCAGUGAUAUGAAGUUUCAUUUUUGAAGUCAUCAACAGAUUGAAAACCCUGGAGCAUCAUCAUGGAGAAUCAACAGAUUCUACAUGUUAAACAUAGUAAACAUCGAGCAAACAAGCUAUUGGCAGUACAGCUAAUCAUGUAACCAUUCUUCUACUUACCCUUUCCUGCCUUGUUCUCUGAACUGUGCUGUCGUUGUGCACGUUUUCAUGGGGUUUGGACAAGCUGCAAGAAUCCUGCAAUUUCUUAGAAUUUUCGUGUGCUACUCAGGGCUGUCCUGUUAUUUUGACUGAACAGGGUUACAGCUGCUAGUAACAGGGAAUGUGUUAUAGUAGAGAUGAUACUGAAGGGACUUCUCUGAAAUUAGAUCAUUCCUAAAUAGAAAGAUAUUUAAGGGAAAUACAUUGUUGGUUGUUUUUGUUUGUUUGUUUUAUGCUCUCUUGAAAGGAUAAGAUGGAUGGUUAUCGAAAAUGUCAGAACAGUUUUACUUUAACAAGGUUUUUUGCCUUCCCCAAACUCCUUGGAAGUCUCUCCUUGUUUGCUACACAAUAUUGCUUUCAUCUUCUAUCUUUAACCUACCAUGUAAGUAAUUUUUCUGCGGCUAUCUUUAUAAAAUCCCAGGUAACUGAGACACAAAAUAUUUUUUCAAAAAUUAGAAACAAGCUUCCAUCAUGGAGACUCCUAGAUCUCCAGUUAACUGAAAGUAGAAGCAAGUUUCAAACCUUCUUUCUGGAAAAAAAAAAAAAAAAAAAAAAAAAAAGCAAGCAGAAGGCAAAAAUCACUCGUUCAUAUAUUUUUUCAGAAAAGAGAACAGUGUUCAGAACACUUACUUUUUAUAUCUGUUUCCAUGGCUUCCAUAAUAUUUUGUCUGAAGAUAGUUUUUAAUGUAAAAAAAAAAAAGAAAUUUAUUAAAUCAUUUAUCUUUUGAAAGAUUUCUACUGACUUUAAAAUCACAGGUAUGGAAAACCUUGGCAAUGUAUUUGAAUGAGUUAAAAUGAAAGCUUGUUUAUAAUUUUAUAAGUUUAUUUUAUUUUACAUUUCGUAUAACAGAAAAUUAAUAUUCAAUCCUGGUUUACUACUUUCACUGUGACUCCUAUAAAAAUCACUGCAGUCCAGAAUAAAGCAUGAGAUUAAUUAUACUGAGUCUGUAACCGGCAGUGGUAGAAUUUAGACCAAACUGUAGGGAACUUCUAAAUGCCUUUUUAUGCCUCUUUUUUUUUUUAUGCCUAGUGAUAAAUAUUUACACAGCCAUGUUACUACACAACCUCUGGCAAAUGUACACUGCCGUAAAUAUAUCAAGUCUCAGUCCUACUAGGACUUCUCAAUAAUAAGUAUAUAAUAUUACUUAAGCCCAGAGAGCUUCUCUGAGUACACCAGCUAAUACUAAAUUUUGCAUCAUCUCACUUUAAAGGGAAGAAUGCUAUUAACUUUCACAGAGCAUUUUGAGAUCCAUGGAUGAAAAUUAGUGAUAUAUUGUCAGGAACUAUUUAUUAAAUAACAAUGCAUAUGUUAUGAAAUAUCUGACAGCAUGGAGCUGAAUUCAUGACUGAUUCUCGGCUCUGUUACCACUUUAUGUUUCAAAGGCCUUGUUGGUAUUUUUCCUGUUUUUUUUUACUGUAGCCCUCAGUGUACAAUUCCUGAAAAUGACCAGCAAGAAAUCCAGCAAGUCAAAACUGAAUGUGUUCUGAGAUGUUGCUGAGAAAGUGUGAGAUGUGGACAAACUGCAUUCAGACACUUUGUGUCCGAAUUUCUGCAUUUUUUCCCUCAUCCCUUGAAAAUACUAACACAUAAUAGCAAAUAAGAAAAAGUAUGCUGUACUCUUUAAUGAAGGGGAAAAAAAAAAAUCAGAGGAAUUUCACUUUCCAUCUCAGUUGAAUUCCAAACACUUCAGUCUCUAUCAUACCUCCACCAUAAAAAUAUUUCAGUUCCCAAAAACUGAAAGAUUAACAUACUGGAGUUUUCUGGAUUUACUUCAUUUCUCUACUCCUUUAUUACUGAUUAUUUAUUUUCUUUAAAGUAGAAGUUAAUGAAUGAAAACAAGAGUAUGGGCCUAAAGCUAAUCUCUCUUACACAAUUAUUUGAAUGACAGAAGAAUCUCUUCCAAGACUGCAGGAGUUUAUGCAGCCAAAACUGAUGGAGUGUUGAGGUUUAUAAAAAAGCUAUUUUAAUCCAUUUUGAUCUUUGGGGGACAUCUUUGUGAUGUUCUUGCCACUGAAUUUUCAAAAGUAUGAAUUUUUGAGAUAUGAAAUCCUCACACAGAGUUUCAAAAGAUCGUAUUUGCGAACACAGUUCCCAUUGAAUCACUAGUGUGAGUAGUUUGAUUUUUCAAAAGAGCACUAACAACCAAAAUGUUCAGAAAAUAUAAUGUUGAUACAAUCAAGUGGCACCAUUCAAAGAUCUUUCCAAUCUGCAUCCAUGAUAAGUACUGAGCAUUUGAACACUUGAGCUCCUAAGUGCCAUUGUUGAGGCUGUCAUCGUUCUUGCUUAAUUAAGUUGUGCCAAUUCUUCCACAUAUGAACCUCAUCUAUGUGAACCGUAGGGGUAGAGCAGUAAUUUAGACAGACCGUUGUUGGAGGUGAGGGGAAAAGAACUGAGGGCUUUAUCCAUUUUAGCGUAGCAGAAAUUGCUAAAUAUAAGACAGGCCUUUAGAGCAUUUUUUUUUUUUUUUUUUUUUUUUAACUUGGGGAAGAAUUUCUUUAAAUAGUUUCAGUGUAACACUCCUUUUGAUGAAGAUAUAAUCACUGUCUUUGUUUUAUUUGAAAGCUUUGUAGUACUAAAAUGUUCCAUGCAGGAAAUGUGCCUUCAAGGUAAGCAUACAUUUACUCCCUGAAGCUAUUCCCACUUUGAACUUUUUAUUUUUCAUUAUGACUUUGCUUCAUUUUGUGCUGUGGUACUUGAGGUAUUGCAGGGAAUUUUGCCUAGAAAAAUUAGCUGAAUCGGUCUUUGAUCACAGGAGGUAAAGAUGAAGAUCAUCUCCUGGCAGCUGAGCUAAUUUUAGUGAAAUCCUCUUACAUGUAUUAACUAUAUGCAUAGUCUGUUAGCAAAGGAAAAUGGGUGAAUUCAGCUGAGGAAUACUGUAACUAACCAAUGAUAUUUUUGUCCUUUGAUUUUAUUUAGAUUCAAAUUUAGUCAUCCUCUAAAGGAGACAGAUUGUAGUUUCAUCAUUGCAACAGUAUCAUAAGAAACAUCACAGAAAUCUACCUUUCCUGGUGGGUUGCUGGCUGACAUAUUGGCAAGACACCCAAGUCCUGUUGGUCUACCUGUCCACAUGAUUCAGUAGCUUCUAAAACUCUUUUUUCUCUUGGUUAUUCACCCUCCAGAACUGAGAACAAUUUCUCGCACAAGAGCAACAAAGUUCAGCCUGAGGUAAUUAUUCUGUCUGUUGCUUGUAUGAAACUCAGUAAUUUCCCUCUGCCCUUGAAUAAUCAAGGCCCUCAUAGGUUACCUCUGCUCAAGAGGUUGAAAAAUUCUUUUCUGUAAGUCUUGGCAACUUGUUUUUAUGGCUGUACUCAUCUCCAGAACUGGUCAGUGCAGAACACAUAUCACUUAUUGAUGAAGUACUUACCCUCUUCUGCCAUAGAAAUUAUUUCUACAUCGUGAGUUGUCUGAGAUAGGAAAUUUUCUCUGAUAAUGGGCAUCACUGUUCCUAGCCUUGUUUUGUUCAGCCAUCUACCCAUCCAUCCGACCAUCCAUCCUUCUCUCUCUCCCUCUUUCCCCUCUACUUGCAGUCCAUUCUUUGCACUAUUGACAUUGAUUGGUUUGAUAAUUGUUUAGUAACAUGUUCCUAUCUUUUUGUUCUGUAAAAUGAGAAAGUCUAUACACUGGUUAACUUUAUAGAAGUGGUGGGGUUUUUUUUCCUUUUGAUUUUAUGGGUUGAAAUGGGAUGUAAUGUUUUGUUUAAAAUAUGGGAAAACUUAAAUAAAUGUUAAGAUGAAACACCAUA